AUGAGGCUUUGGGAAGAGCGCGAUCUAUUUCUGUCCCUGUUCACUGUAAUGCAAUCGAUGGAAUUACCAGAACUGUCAACUGAAGCUGAUUUGGAUCACCUAAAGAGCACGUUACGAGUAGCAUUUCAUGACGGUAUGAUGACAGAGGCAAGAGCGUUUUUCUCAGAGAUCUUUGACGAAGCCUUCAAUGGCUCAUGGGCGACGAAAACGAAUUGGUUUUUCCACGCUGUCAAGCACAUUUGA